AUGGACGCCAACCAAUACCAUCCUAACGGAUUAAACAACAGCAAUCCUCAGUACUCAUCCUUGCCGGGCAUUUCGCCAGGUAUAUCACCUCAUCAGCUUCAACAGCAGAAUUCAGGUAUUCCGCCUCAUACGUUGCCUCCGCUGCAAAACUCGCAACACGCGACGAUGCAAUCAAUGUACGGCAGCGCGCCUCACACCCCGAGGACGCCUGCUACCCCUGGCACGCCUGGGUCCGCCAACAACAUGAGCAAUUUUCCACAGAUUGGUGCUCAGUCGCGCGGAGGAUAUGGCAUGAUGCCUAACAAUGGCUACCAACCACAGCAGCAACAGCAGCAGCAGCAGCAGCAACCGCAACAAUAUCGAACAUCCGCGCCGAUGAUGCCUCAAGCGUCUACUGCUAUGUCUCAACCCCAAGCCAUUGCUCCCGCCCCAUCGCAGAACCGUAUGCCUCAGCAGCUUAGACCUAUGCCACCAAAUGGCCUCCAGCACAUGUCCGGUAUGCAGUCUCCAUAUGGUCAAGGUACCAUGAUGCUUCAAGACAUGGAACCACCGACCCACGUCGUUGGGUCUCAAGGGCGUCGAGGUAUUCUUCCAAGUGCUCCAGGUAGACCUCCCCCACAACCUUCUGGAACUGGUGCGAAGAACACUUUGAUUCCCGCAAAAGAUGCCGACGGAAAGUUUCCUUGUCCUCAUUGUACUAAAACUUACCUUCAUGCGAAACAUCUCAAGCGCCAUCUUCUUAGACAUACCGGUGACCGUCCAUACAUGUGCGUUCUCUGCAGAGACACAUUUUCGAGAAGCGACAUCCUCAAGCGUCACUUCCAAAAGUGCUCCAUUCGUCGCGGGAACCCUACAGGCGCGAGCCACUUGUCACACGCACAGGCUCAUCUCAAAAAGUCACACCCUGGCCCUCACAAACCAACGGGUUCAAUGUCCAGCAACGGCGACCUCAUGGGCGUCAACGGUAUGAACAACAAUGGUAUGGGUAACAACGGCAUGAACAACAUGGGGCAAGACCCCAAUCUCCACCCGUUCGGAGUGAUCCCCGAUGGCAGCGUGCCAGAUGCUUCGUCAAACCUAACAGACGAGCAAGCAGAACAUUUAUCUCGGUCGAACAGCAUGAAGAGGCUAAGUGCGGGAGGUGGAGGUGAUAGAAGAAACAUGACCGGGCCAGGACCCGGAGGCUCGGGCCGGGGUAGUUUUGAUCAAAACUACGCCGGUGGCAUAGCGAGCACCAUGCCGAAUGGUAUGAAUCCUUCACUCGCGUAUAUGUCCAAUGGUCAGAACGGUCACUCAUACAGCCAGGGCUAUGAAUUUUCUUCCCACGGCAACGGCAUGCAACCCCAAUCGAACGUAGACAUGUCGUACCUCCAGAGCAGUCGAAACGUAUAUCAGUCUACCACCGCUGGUCAGCAGCAUGGUUACCACGACUCCUCGCAAAUGUAUAACCCUCAACCACAAAACAAUAAUUAUAUAAAUCAUUACAAUCAGAAUUUACCGACGUCGCAACCAUCCGCAAUCAAAACAGAAUCGAUCAUUAAACCCAACCCGCAAAGCAGCCUGUACGGCGGUGUCUACUCCGGAACGGGGAGUGGAUUACCUGUUCCAACCGAUUUUCCUACCUGGGAUUUUCAAAAUGAUCCCAUGCAGGAAGUAUGCAACAAACUACACUUCUUUUGCUUUCCUAACAAUCAAGUAAUUACUCGUGGCCUUGAAAUAAAAAGCUAUCUUACUCCCGAUAACGUUAAGCACUUUUUGGAGAAAUACACAAACUUCCAAGGCCAUUUUCCACUAAUUCAUAUGCCCACAUUCCGGAUCACCGACGCGCACGAAGCCUUACUUCUGGGAAUCAUCUGUAUAGGCGCGGUCUAUUCAGAGCGUCUGGCACCAUCCCAAGUCCGAGACAUGAUGGAAUUCUCUAAGGCCGUCAUAGAGCGUAAUUCCACCCUCCUUAGAAGCCUCUCUCAAGAUCACAGCGGUGACUCUUCAUCUUCCUACAAGACUGAUCUCGAACAAUUGACCGCUCUUCACAUGAUGCAAGUUCUGUUCACCUGGCACGGCACACCGGUCCAACGGGAGGGUGCCCGGAGACAGUUCCCCUCUAUUGUUGCACUCACGAGGAAGCUGGGAUUAACAACACCAGUAACCACAGGAUCAUUCAGUGCCUACCAUCAACGCCAUAUCAAGAGCGAAACCCAUACUGCUGCCGAAUUCAACUGGAACGCUUGGGUUGAGCAAGAGAAGCGGUCACGAUUGAUGUAUGCGAUAUAUCUUACUGAUGCCGCUAUGGUUCUGUACUUCAACUCUUCUCCACUUUUUGAGGCUCUUGAGAUUCGAAUUCCUUUGCCAGCCGAUGAUGCAGCUUGGGAUGCUCGAUCGGCCGCCCACUGCGCGGAAGCACUUGGCUUGAACGGUCCAGUCCCAGCUCGAGAACGAAACCCAGCAGGCAGUCGACGACUAAAGCAGCCGGAGAUGCAUAGCGCUUUAGAAACCCUGAUGCGUAACGACAUAGAUCUUCAGGCUGGAACUACGAACUUGUACUCUAAAUUUGUUUUGAUUCAUGCACUUCAUGUUCAAUUGUGGAAUGCCCAGAAGCAGAUGUCUCAGGAAGGCGGCAAUUCUCAAAAUCCGGCCUUCCCCGGCAGUGGUUCUAGUACGCCGUUAACACAGAAUGACUGGGUCGUCAGAGGAGUCGAUGGUGUUCCCAGUGCCACUAGUAGUGGAAGAGCUACCCCGGUUGACGGCGGGAAAAGCCAGCAAAUGCUCAAGGCUACUAAUAGUGCAUUUGACAAGUGGAAGAAGGUCUGGGACGAGGAUAUGGCUGUGCAAUACCCUCCUUCAUCAACGAGUUAUCGACGUUUCGGGUUUUGCCGCGAUGGGGUACAUUUCUUUUGGCUUGGUAAAUAUUUGAUGAAGAACAACCGUGGAAAUGAAUGGCAAAUCGCUCCGGACCAACGUUUCACCCAGGUCAUGCAUUUACUGAGAUACGUUCAAAGCUUUGUAGCGUCUGAUAGCGCGGAGCGGGGGGAGGAACCUGGGUCUGUCAAUGAUGUCGAUCAAGAAUUCGGUGUGCGGGAUUUAACACUGGACAUGUCUCAACUUUUCAAACCUAUCAACAAGCAGAUUGAUUCUCCCGUGAUGGGUGUACAUACUGGCAGCGGCUAA